AUGGCCUUCCAGAGUGUCAAGAACAGCGCCUACUUCUCUCGCUACCAAACCAAGUACCGUCGUCGUCGUGAGGGUAAGACCGACUACUAUGCUCGUAAGCGUUUGAUCUCUCAAGCCAAGAACAAGUACAACGCCCCCAAGUACCGCUUGGUCGUUCGUAUUUCCAACCGCUUCGUCACCUGCCAAAUCGUUUCCUCUAAGGUUAACGUGGGGUUUGCCAACUGGACCGCUGCCUACGCUACUGGUCUCUUGGUUGCCCGUCGUGCUCUUAUCAAGUUGGGUCUUGACAAGAAGUACGAGGGUGUUGUCGAGCCUGAGGGUGAGUUUGAGCUCACUGAGGCUAUUGAGGACGGUCCUCGUCCCUUCAAGGUCUUCUUGGACGUUGGUCUGAAGCGUACCUCCACCGGUGCUCGUGUCUUCGGUGCUAUGAAGGGUGCUUCUGAUGGUGGUCUUUACGUUCCCCACUCUCCUAGCCGUUUCCCUGGUUGGGAUAUCGAGACUGAGGAGUUGGACGAUGAGACUCUUCGCAAGUACAUCUACGGUGGUCACGUUGCUGAGUACAUGGAGAUGCUUAUUGACGAUGAUGAGGAGCGUUACCAAAAGCAAUUCUCUUCUCUCAUUGCUGAUGGCAUUGAGAGUGACCAACUCGAGGACAUCUACGCUCCUCGCUACGGCAUCAAGUGGGGUUUGGCCAACUGGACCGCUGCCUACGCUACUGGUCUCUUGGUUGCCCGUCGUGCUCUUAUCAAGUUGGGUCUUGACAAGAAGUACGAGGGUGUUGUCGAGCCUGAGGGUGAGUUUGAGCUCACUGAGGCUAUUGAGGACGGUCCUCGUCCCUUCAAGGUCUUCUUGGACGUUGGUCUGAAGCGUACCUCCACCGGUGCUCGUGUCUUCGGUGCUAUGAAGGGUGCUUCUGAUGGUGGUCUUUACGUUCCCCACUCUCCUAGCCGUUUCCCUGGUUGGGAUAUCGAGACUGAGGAGUUGGACGAUGAGACUCUUCGCAAGUACAUCUACGGUGGUCACGUUGCUGAGUACAUGGAGAUGCUUAUUGACGAUGAUGAGGAGCGUUACCAAAAGCAAUUCUCUUCUCUCAUUGCUGAUGGCAUUGAGAGUGACCAACUCGAGGACAUCUACGCUGAGGCCUAUGCCAACAUUCGCGAGAACCCUCUCCCCGAGAAGUCUACCAAGGACAAGGCUGCCAUCAAGGCCGAGUCUCUCAAGUACAAGCAAAACAAGCUUACCAACGCCGAGCGCAAGGCCCGCGUCCAAGCCAAGAUUGUUGCUGCUGGCCGUGCUUAA